UAUCAGAAUUACCUGCCAUUUAUUUGUCUUUUUAUCUCUGAUCUUCAAACAUGCAGCUCUGCCUAGCCCCAGAUGCCUCCCCUCCCACUUGACGAGCGCAUUGUGGUAAUUCAGCGGCCUAAAAGCCUGGGCUUGUGCGUGGCCUCACCCCCAGCCACCUCUCAGUCUUCCUCACGUCUUACCACCCGCAACGAGCCCACACCCCGCUUACCACACACUCAACUUCCUCCAUCCCAUCCCCAUUUACCUUCUAACACUUUGUCACUGGAAUGCAGGCACAGGCCCUUACUCCAUGGGCAAAGAGCCAAGGGCGAGAGAGGCGGCAGUACAGAGGACAGCAGCUGGAUCCCUAGUCACUGUCACAGCAAUGGGACUGUGACUCUGGGUCCCAGACCUUACACGCACUCUCAUACCAUUGACAUUAAAGUAUCAGUGGACAAAGGAGGGACACAUUCAGACAAAAGGUGCAGUAACAGCUUGACUCGAGGUGAAAGUGGCAGAGAGAGCAGAGGCCAAUGGGUGUCUUCACACUUAGCUCCAGGGCAAAGUGACAGAAAAUUCAGAGGAAAGUCUUCAGACACCACUGAGAGGCACCAGAUCAAGGCACAGUAUAAUAACCACUAUCAGAACAACCUCACAGUGUCACCUGGUGGGGUGUUGGAAUUUGUUCCAGCCCAAAGACAACAAUCUAAAUCUAGGUGGACAAAAGAGGAAGAGUUGUUAUCAAAUCAACGUUUUACAACUGCCAACUACAGGGACGUGCCUUCUGUUGGUAACAAAGAAAACACCAAACUGGGUACUGUCCAUCAGCCUCCAAAGCCACACAGUCUAUCCCAUCACCUUAGCUCUACCCAAUCAGCCCAUACCUCCAUUCUAAACACCCACUAUCAGGUGACCCCAAACUCUGUCCCCUUCUGGGCCCCAUCUUCCUUCCCUCAAGUCAGUCAAACCCGGUCUUCACGUAUCAGAGAAACACACCCCCAGAUCCUCCAAAGCUUGCCACUAUCUCCAACCUCUUCUCGUGACGGCUUCCCUAGCCCAGAUCACACUUGCACUAUUGACUUUUCUCGUCCAUUCAACUGUGACUGUUGGAGGCUGGUAUGCUGUAGAGGAGGGAGAACCCGCUCAGCUGGCUGCAAAGGAGGUACUGGAAGCCCAUCUUCUUCAUUUUCCCGAGGCCAAAGAGCAAGUUCAAACAACACAGGUGACGGUGCCAUGGGAUUGAAGAAAUUAGGAGGGUGUCUGUCGACGGCUUCAACCACAAACACCUCUUCAUCCAACAGCACUGUGUCAGAGUGCCGGACAGGCCUUCUCAGGCCCCUGGGCUGUGCAUCCUGUUCAGGGGAAAGUGGAGGUUUUGAUAGUCCUGCUGCCUUGCGCAAAAAAUUGGUUGGUGGUUGUUUACCCUGUGCCCCAUUCUCCCCAUCUGCUCCUUUGCGCGCACUGCAAAGUUGUGUCAGUGGCUGCAACCCCAAAGCAAGCCAGGCAGGUAGCUCUUGUAGUUACUGCAGUAGUGAUCCUAUAGUAGUGACUUUUAACCCUCACAGAGGGAAGCCUCCUGGAUUUUCCCAUAAUGCUGGGGUAUAUACCAUGGGAGGGCACCAACACGAUGACGAUGAUUACAGCGUACGCACAAUUUGGCCUGAUGAACUUGCAAAAAAGAUGACUCACUCUAAAACCCAACCUAACCAUCAUAAUGUAGGGAUGAGGAUGGGAACAGCAAACUCUUACAUGGGCCAUGACCAGAGUACCAGUAAUGGAACCAGUCCAGUCAUUCUAGAUUGCCGUAAUCUUCUAGAGUUUACCCGCUCCCAACUGACUGACCAUGCAGGACGACGGAGACUCCAACAAGGCAAGAUGGCAGUUUUGGACUUCAUGGGGUCAGGACACAGGAGAGACCCAGGCCAAGACUCUCUGAAAAGGCUCUUUAACAAGGAAGGUGAUGCUGGAAUGGGAAAUGAUGAUGGUCUAGAUGAUAUGUUUCCAAGGUCCCCUUCCCAUCACUCUCUCACUCCUGAGUCUUCACCCUCCUUCUCCCCUCCACCAUCAGCCCCUGGCAGCCUGAUCAAGCCCAAACCAAGAGGAAGAGAUUGGGAGGGUGGGCACUCCUUACCAUCUGCUCAGUCACUCCAUUUGGUUCUUAACUCAUUCAAUAGAGAGCAAGAAGAGGAGAAGAGGAGAGUGCACCUCUCCCUUCCGCUCUCAUCCUCCCUCCCUGCAUCUCUAUCGGAUGAGAGUGUAAUGACUCCAGAUGUGGAGAACGCGGUAAUUAGCCCCAUUCUACCUUUCCUUUUCUUGGGGAAUGAAAGAGAUGCUCAGGACCUGGACCUGCUGCUGCGACUGAACAUCAGUUAUGUGGUUAAUGUCACCACCCAUCUGCCCCUCUAUCACCUGGACACGGGUCUGGUACGCUACAAGCGUCUACCUGCUACUGACAACAGCAAACAGAAUCUCAGACAAUAUUUUGAGGAGGUGUUUGAGUUUAUAGAGGAGGCUCAUCAGAGUGGCCGAGGUGUGUUGAUUCACUGCCAAGCAGGCGUGUCUCGUUCAGCAACUAUCGUCAUUGCUUACUUGAUGAAGCACACCCUCAUGACCAUGACCGACGCUUAUAAAUAUGUGCGGAGUCGCAGACCAGUGGUGUCUCCCAACCUCAACUUCAUGGGACAGCUACUGGAAUUCGAGCGAGAUCUCAACUCUGGUGUUACACCUCGAAUCUUAACUCCCAAGCUGAGUGGCCUGGAAACACAAGUGUAAAAGAUCUAGAACAAUAGAUUUUUUUUUUUAAAAAAAGGGAAGUAAUAGAAAGAAAUGAAGUAGGCAAAGAAAGCAUGGGUUUACAACAUGCUUAUUAGGGACAUUUAAAAAAAAAAAAAAAAAGCUUGAAUAAAAAUCAUUUGGGGGAUAAUGCAGUAGGGUAUUCUAAGGAAAUUUAAAAAUGAUGUACUUCCAGUAUUUUAAGUAUUUCUAUUGCAUAAUUAUAGCACUUAAACAGAAGUAGGCAAAUGGGUGUUUGUAUAAUCAACCUCACAGUGAUACUGUGCUCAUAAUAAUGUGCCAAGUUUUAUAAUGUUAACUACUAUAUAGUAAUACAUUAUAACUAUUAUUGUAUUCUACGUAUUAUCAACCUGCCCUCAUUGAUAUAACCAAUGUAUACAACAGUGAAGACAGGGAGAAAAUGCAAUGCAAGGGCAAAAAAAUGUACUGUCAAGCACAGAAAAAGACACAAAGUGAUGAAUUUCUCAGACCCGAAAACUGUAGCAAAUUUCUCACACCUUCUCCACUGUGCACAGAACUUUUCUAGACAUAUUAUCCAGUAGAGAGUUCAAUGCACUUAUUUUCUUAUCCCAGUUAACGCCAAGUUACCUGCUGACAAAUAUUACCACACACAAAGGUUCAUUUAGCAUUUUUGUCAUUUGAAUCAUCUGCCACUUGUGUUAAUACAUUUGUGGUUUACAUUCUUUUUAGAAACCUCUGUGUGGGAAAUGUGCAAUAGAAAUGCAUGAACAGUGGAGGAGAUAUUGAAUUGAAUUAUUCCAGCUUGGACACUUGCACAAAUGGAUAUUUUAGAUGGAACUUGAGAUACUAGAUGCGAAUAUGAAAAGCAAGAUUUUUUUUCAUCCACACAGAGAGAGAAUCAAAACAGUGAGAGAGAAAGUGUGUGCGAGAGAGAGAUAGAGUCCCAAUACUGUGCUUUUAAUACAUGGUGGACUUAAAAACACUAAUGGAUUGUGUUCAAUUUUUCUUUUCUAAUUGAAUUUCUGAACUAUUGUCUAUUUUUUAAAUCUCAGUAGGCAUGAGGGUGCGAGUAUAGAUUUUAUUUUUCUAAGCACUUUGUAUAUAUUUGUUUUACUGUGUUAAAGGUACUAAAUCAAAUAGUGUGAUUUGAGCAAAACAAGAAGGGAAUGAUCAGAGAUGAGCAAAAAGUCCAUCAUUUUACAUUUUAGUAGAACAGAAACAAACAACAAGGUUAAUUUAAUAAUUGUUUAAUUUGACCAUGAUGCUUGUCACUCUGAAUCUAAAUGCCCACAGCUUGCUUGAAUAAGUUUCAUUUUAUUUUAAGUUAUUUUUAAAACAGAUCUUGAUUCUGUUUUUCAGUCAAAACAGCAGACUCCAGCUAAAAUCAUUGUCUGUAUUUUUCCACCUAUAGAUGACUGGCAAAACUUGAAUUAAUCUAAAUGGUACUGGAUUCAGACAUACCAGGAACAGCAGUGUGAAUUAGCUAUAGGUAAUAUAGUCUCAUGGAGGGGGCACGGUGGCUUAGUGGUUAGAAUGUUUGCCUCACACCUCCAGGGUUGGGGGUUCGAAUCUAUGCUUCAGGGGUUUCCUCUGAGUACUCUGGUUUCCUCCCCAGUCCAGAGACAUGUGCUGUAGGCUGAUUGGCAUUUCCAAAUUGUCCAUAGUGUGUGAAUGUUUGUGUACACGUGUGUGAUUGUGCCCUAUGAUGAUUUAGCACCCCCUAACCAGGGUGUCCCUUGCUUUGUGCCCAGAAUUCCCAGGGUUAGGCUCCAUGCUCCCUGUGGCCCCACAUAGGAUAAGCAGGGUGGAUGGAUAGUUAGUCUUAUGAAUGGUUUUAGAAAAUCCAGUUAAAAGUACAUUUUAAAAGGCAAUAAUAAUAAUAUAAGCAACAGCUUUAUAUUAUUCGUGCUUAAUCCAGCCCUCUAGAGACCUACCCUAACUGCUAUUUAAAUCAAAUUUGCUUAUUUGAUUCUGAUGCCAUUCAUUUUCAUAGCAUUCAUUUGAAUAUAUCAGGAGAGGAGGCAAACUACCUGCCUUUGAUGAUUAGCUAUGGAAAAUGUCCACGAGUUUAAUUCUUCCUUUCUUACCCUCUGAUCCAUUGUUUACAUUCUCUCCUUAGUUUAUAGAUUUUGAACAGUGCUCUUAUGAUACUAUGCACCAUUCUUUUCAACUUUUCAAAUAUGGGAGUGUAAUCUGUGAAAAAGACCAGGCUUUGUUCAGUUCACUGUGAUAAGCUUUCUUCUUCCUGAAUAUUGUCUAGUUUUCAGGCUUAGUCCUUGAAGUCUCCUUUCAUCUGUCUUGGUGCGCAGAGGUGGGGGGGAUUUUGUCUGCUGUCUUUGAGCUUUUAUCUGCCUGGCUGAAGCAAUGCGCUUUCACCCUCCACUGCCAUGUCAUCACUAAGCCACUCUCCCCAGAGAUUUCCACUUUGCAUUCCAGUGUAAAUCAUCUGGGCCAGGACAUGGAUCCACUAAAUAUACAAGCAAAAAACAAAAAAAACAAAACCAAUGUUAAGUGUGGGUUGUGUGUUUAUGUAUGUAUGUAUGCCUCAAAAUGUUUGAUUCUCACAAGCUAACUGUAACAAAAGUGCUUUUGUUUAAUGACUUACUGCUUCUUCAUUUGGUAUGGCUAGGCAAAUUCCUGUUCCCCAAAGGAAAUUUGUGACGCGUACUGAAUGUGUUUUAGUGAGUUAAAAGUGCUCUGUGAGAUCAGACCAAUCUCAGUCUAGACAUGGAUGCUGCUGAUAAACUCAGAUAUUGAGGACAACAAAGAAUUUAAACUUGAAUAUUUGUACUUUGGAUAACAGUUCCAAGACAUCUGUAUUGAUAUGAUUUCUUGACAUAUUCCUGUUGGCACUUAUUGUAUUAUUGUACAGUAAGUAAUUCUACUUUGCUCUUUGUUUGCAUUUUCCCAUACAUGUACAACUGCAAGUGGUUCCUCCCUGCGUAGGUAAAUACAUAAAUGCCAAAAUAUUAUAUAGUGACCUUAGUAUUAAAUCAUAAUAUUCUCCCAUUCAUACUUAAUCUAGAUAGAAACUUAUAAUACUAAGGUCAGGAUAUAGUAACAGUCAAUGUAGUGCCUAAAAGUGGAGAGGAAAUUGACAUUACGAUAUCUUCAAAUUGUUCAGAUUUAUUCAUGCAGUGUCCACUGUGUCUGUGCAAGACAUACAGACAGAUGAUGUGGAAAAUAUUUCCUUCUAUUUUUAAUUGAAAUGCCAACCUUAGGCCUGUGCAUUAAUUAAUCAUUAAUAAUAUUCAAACUUGGUAGCACAGCGUAUGCAGGUUAUGUAUGCUGCCACCUCACAGCUCCAGGGUCCCAGUUUGGCUCCUGAGCUUAGGGUAAGUUUAUGGUUACUAUCUCUCCAGAGAUUCCCAUGUUGUUUCCCCUAUGUCUGCCCUGGUUUCCUCUGGAUUCACCAGUUUUCUACCACCUCCCCAAAACUGAUAGGUAUAUUGACUACUCUAAAUUGCCUCUAGGUGUGAAUAUGUGUGUGUGCAUGGUACCCGGUGAUGGACUGGCCUACCAUCCAGGGUGUAUUUCCAAGUCUUUCCCACUGGCACAGGUGCCAAAUCCACCAUUAGUGAACAUGAAUGAAUGAAUGAAUAUAUAUAUGCAUUUGUUAAUGCCACAGAGUUUUGCUCUUCCAUACAUUGUGGGAAAAAAGAUACAUAUUGUGAGCACAUUUCUCACGAGUAAUGUUCAUAUAGGAACCAUUUGAAGUGUACUUUUUAUUGUGUGUUGAUUGAUCUCUUACAUAUGUGUUUUUUGCACCUAAUAAUGAACAACUAAAUGUAAAUUUAUGUGUAUAAUUUACUCAAACUUUUAAGUCAGUGUCUAUUUCUGUGAGUUUAUAUUUAUUUGUGUGUUAUGCCCCCUUUUUUAUUUACAAUAUUGUGCUAAGUAUUUUAUUUUUAUUUUUUUAUGGUUUUAUGAACUGGUAAUGAAUUUUUUGGAGGGAAAAAAGGCACCCUGGAGGAUGACUGUGUUAAGUGCUGUCCCAUUAUUGGUGUCUUACCUUCCCUGCCUCCCUUCAUGAAGUAAUGUUAGUCCAUCUAACCUGUCAACAGUGUUGUAUUUCAUUGCUGUAUCUUUAUACUUUACAUGUAAACUUUCUGCUAAACUGCUAAAUAAUGAUUCUCAUAAGACGAUGUUCUUUUUUCAUAUGUUGGCGAUUUUUUCGGUGAUUCUUUUGAUAGCGGUGUAUACAAAUAUUUGUGGAUGUCUGGAAUAAUCUGAAUGCAUGGUGUGCUUUUUCUACAUUGCUGCUCCAUCUCUACCAGUGACCAUGCUACACUCUGUAGUGUGCAGUUGGAUGGUAUGGUGUAUUCAUUUGGUCCUUGUUGAUUUGAUCAUUGUGAAUUUAUAGGAAAUCUUUUGUUUCUUUUCUUUUUUUUUUACUCAAACCUACUGUGACUAAGAGACUGAUCUUGUUCUAAAGUAACAAUGAUAAUCAGUCAUGAUUAUCACUUGUAAGGACUUUGUGGAUGAUUUACCUCUUCAAGAAAGAGCAGAAAACAGUGUAUAUUACCACAAAAUUGUCCACCUUUAUGAUGUAUUCGGAAAUCUCUGGAAAACUAAAA